GUCCAUUUUGGCUUUAAAAGUUUUGAAGAUAGAAGGCUUGAAAAUCUGGGCAUUUUAAGGAAUUCUGACUACACUUCAUAGAAAAUACGACUCAAAUACUCGAAACGUGCUGACGUAAAAUGUGCGCAGUUCGCCAGGGUUACCCGCUGAAACGGAGGAGGUUGCAAGGACAAACUGCAAAGGGGAAACAUGGCAUGCUUCAGUAUUUCGUGCUUGACAGUCGGUGCCGAGAUAAACUAACAACUCUGGUGUAGUUUGUGAAGCUGUGAAGCAGAAGGCCUCCAAAUAGUAUAAAGGAUUAAUUGGUGAUGUAUGCAGAAGUCCCAGGCGGAGAUAAUCGUUUCGUCAUGUACGAUAUAGGGAAAGGCCAUGCCAUUUUAUCGUGCUACAAUAUGCUUAAAAAGGGUAUAUUAUUAUAUACAGACAUUACAAUGUUCGGGGGAACCACCGUGGAGCUAACGUAAAGCGGCCAGCCGAGUCCGAGUUUUAACACAGAAUGGAGCGUGAGGCAGGCACCAGACGUGGACGGGACGCCAAUACAUCGCAGCUCCCAUUCACGUAUACUUAGGACAAUUUAUGGUCCUCCAUUAACCAGUCCCGUAUGUUCUGGGCUUCUGGGGCAGCAGGACCGACUCGAAUAAGGAAAGAACGUGUAAACUCCACGGAGAUUGUGUUUGAACCCAACCGUCGGCUCUUACAGCGUGACUGUUAAACCUGCUGCCAUUGUUUAGCUUUAGAAGCCUGAAUUAUGACAAUAUGAUGAAAUGCUAUUUUAGAAAAGAAUUCUGUCAUUUGUAAUUUCGAAUAAUAUUUUAUAGUUGGAGUGACAGGGAAGUGAAAAAAACAGGUUCCUUAAUGUUGAUUACAGGAUGACUGGUAACUGUUGGUAAAUUAAUUUAUAACAUGGUUUUGCCAGUUUGCAUGCCACAAAAUCAAUUUGGAGUUAUACAGAAUUGUGCUUUGUACACGUAGUAAUAAUGACCCUAUAAAUACAGUAUAGAGAAAGUUUGAAAAUGAUAAAUCAUAGCCAAAAGUAUUAUUGUUUGUGUUGUACAUGCGCAGUUACAUUAUAGAAAACAUUGUCCAUCAAGAGGUUGGAGAAAUGGAUUAUAAUUACAGAUUUUUAAACCUUGUCUCGACCAUUAUGAAAGUUUGGGGGUAAUAGGAAAUUGGUAAAUUUGUACCUUUAAACCAUUUGUUACCGCAUGUGCCAUCCACUUUAAAAAAUAACUUUCAGCUUAUCAAUCUGAAAAGCAAACGAUUAAUUGAUAAGGAGGACAAAGGUUUAAUUGGAUACAAAAGAAAAAGUUGCUGGGGGGAUCCGUAGGAUUGAUCAAUCGGGUUUGAAUCGCUACCCCCUCCAUCCGUUUAAGUUCCUCGUCGACUCUAAUUGGUUGGAUGCACUCGCGAUUGUUGGUCGGAUUGGGCAGUGUCUAGAGGCGGAGCGCAGCGCGCGCAGAAUGAAUUACGUAAGGCGGGAGCUAUCCUUUUACUUACCAAAAUUUAAACACUUUCUUGAGUUCCGCCGGAUUAAGCAAGCGAGUUUAUCGAUUAGUUAUAGUCAUCCAACAAGCGGGAUAAUAUUAAUACUAUUUCUUGACGGUAGCUUUUAAACGCCGAUAAAAGAUAUAAUGGUGUAUAUUUCAACAAGAAUUUUUCGUAUGUCUCCGGGGUUCGUCUGCCUAUUAGAGAAUUUAUCGAUAAGCCGUCUCUAGUAUGAGAAAACAGGCGCAUUUUGUGUUCCUGUUGAGGAUCGAUUGUGUUUGGUUUUUCUGAACGGUGGAGAUCGUGAGAAGUCUGACUAGUGAAAAGGACACAAAUCCUUUGGAGGUAUUCUAAGGAGUUCUGCAGUUACAGUGGGUAAAAAAUGAUUACUACGGUACUUAGUUUGGAGAGUUUCAGUGAAAAACAGAGCAGCACUUCGCAUCCCAUAGGCCAGUGCAGUGCAAAUGAAAAGGAAAUGGUAUUUUUAGAGCCACAUUCAAGGGCAGAAAGAACUCCCCUGAAGAUAUCUACUUCGCUUUUAGUAUCUGGAGAAAUCAAUCAAGAUAUGGAUUCUUUGACAACCCCCACAAAAGGAAAAGAAUCUCUUGUUUGUGAACCGUGGACUCCCACAGCAAAUCUCAAAAUGCUCAUCAGUGCAGCAAGCCCAGAGAUUAGAAACAGGGAAAUGGAACUGGGUGCAGAUGAUCGGGAAGUUACAGGUUCCAUAGAUGUUUGCCAGGAAAACCUAAUGGAAGAUGAUCCAGAUAAACUUCAGCCAAGUAGAAAAGAAAAGAGUUUAGGUUUGCUCUGUCAUAAAUUCCUAGCACGCUACCCUGAUUAUCCCAACCCUGCACUAAAUAACAAUAUCUGCCUUGAUGAAGUAGCAGGAGAGCUAAGUGUAGAAAGAAGACGGAUCUAUGAUAUUGUAAAUGUACUUGAAAGUUUGCAUAUGGUGAGUCGGCUUGCUAAAAACCGUUACACUUGGCAUGGGCGUUGUAACUUGAUUCAAACUCUAGCAGCCUUGAAGAAGGUUGGAGAGGAGCAUCAAUAUGCAGAACAAAUGCAGCAGAUAAAACAGAAAGAUUUUGAGAAAGAAUUUGAGUCGGAUAAUGAAGAAAAAGAAAACAAAGUGUUCCUUAAAACCAAACCGACCGAGAGAGAUUUUGGACAUAAAGAGAUGUGUUUUGUAGAACUUCCUGGAAUGGAAUUUAAAGCAGCUUCUGUAAAUGGCAGGAAGGACAAAUCCUUGAGAGUCAUGAGUCAGAAAUUCGUAAUGCUCUUUUUGGUGUCAACGCCUCGUAUUGUAAGCUUAGAAGUUGCAGCCAAAAUUCUUAUUGGGGAAGAUCAGGUGGUGGAUUUAGAUAAGAGUAAAUUUAAAACUAAAAUCAGAAGACUGUAUGACAUUGCUAAUGUAUUAAGUAGCCUUCAGCUGAUAAAAAAGGUCCAUGUUACCGAGGAGAGGGGACGAAAGCCAGCGUUUAAGUGGACAGGACCAGAGACUUUCCCCAGUUUACAGGAUUCAAAUCCUCUGAUCGCUACAACCUCUGUUAACCCAACUCCUUUAAAUUCUCGAUCCUCAAUUGAAAAUUGCACUAAAAACCUUUUUCCUGAUUCCAAUGCUAAGCAAUCCUUUACUCGACACCCAUCUCUUAUUAAAUUGGCCAAAAGUAUUGAUGAUGACAGAAGAAAAAUAAAUUCUGCACCCAGCACACCUUUGAAGAAAACAUGCAAUUGUUCAUCCGAGAACAGCACUGGCCAAAUACCCUUUGUCUGCAAAUCUCAACUUGAAGAAUACACAAAGUCUGACAAGCAAAAAUUGGAUGAACAAAAUGUAGAACAUCAGCUACAGACAAAAGGAAACAACGGGAUAGGUAUAGUGAAGCCAGUAUUAACUUCAGAACUCAGUGGAACAAUAGCUUCACCAACGGACUCUUUUCAGCUAAAAACAGCAUUACCUAUAGCCCAGUCUUCUCUUAUUCCAAUGUUAUUACCUCAAAGCCAUAACAAUGGCCCUUAUGCAAUCUAUUUUCAUGCUCCAUCAGUACGGCCAAUGGCCAAUCCAUCUAGCUUAGCUGUGCGAUCAAUGACCUUUGGAGAAAACUUGUCAAAUUCUGAAAGUCCAUCUCGCAGAUGUAGUGGAAACAUGACAUCUGCUUCACCUGCCAAUGAAAAAGAUAUCAACACAGAAGGUGCAAAUCUGUUUCAAAACAUUGGCACACCAGACAAAAAUUUAAAACGUGUUCUUGCUGAGAAGAGUCCAGAAGAGAGUUCUCCAAAACAAGCCAAAGUUCAAAUUCAAACAUCUGCAGCUUAUAGGGAUAUGUCGUCUACUGAAAAGCAACAACACAACACUUGCCAAAAGAAUCCUGCAGUGCAUAAAGGUCUCCUAACAAACAGGCCUACUUCUAGGGCUCUGCAUUUAGAGCCAGAGUUUAUUAAUACUCCAGAAGUGAAGGACAAUUUUUCAGGGAAUGCUGGAAAAAGUGUGGAAUAUUUACUGGCUAAUGAAGAGAGAGGCAGCAUAGCUGAAGCAGGGCUUACUCCUCUGAGAACUUUCUCAAUACCAGCGUUCACAAUUCCUGCCCACCUUCAGGCUGAAACUUUAAUACCUACUGGCUAUCUUAUUCCUUUAACAUCACAGUCAGUCCUUGGUUGUUCAGGAGAUUUAGAUCCAGAAAGAAAGGCUGAACACAAUUCAGUUGUACACCCCGGGGCUUUCUCAUCACCAACUACAGGAAUGGCAUCAGUGUCUCCAGAUUGUGCCAGAUUUACUUCUCCAACUGGUGCUGCUUUGUCUAAAGUCUCCGUUUCUUCAUUUCCACGAAUGAAUCAGUCUAGCCCAUCCAUGGCUUCAAACCAUCACCUUAAUAGCCCUAGUCCAGCUAUACUAAACUUCACACUACAGAAUUUAGGAUUAAUUUCCCCAGGAAUUCAGGCACCUGUAGAGCAUGUGAGCCCUAUUCCAAAUCAUUUUGGUUUUCAGCAAGGAGGGAUGAUCUUUGUUAAGCCAGUGUCUCCUGUACCUAUUCAGCAUCAGAUUUCUGCGCAGCCUGUUACAUUAUUGAGUUUACAGCAGUCUCCAGUGCUGGCAGCACCUAAAGGAGUGCCAUCCUUACAGAAGGAAGCCUUUUUUCACACGCCAGUUUCUGCAGCGUGUCAACUCGCAACCGUGAGUUCUUCUGUCCCUCGGACAUCUCGGCCAUCUUAUGUGCCACAAAGGAAACUUGAAGUUAGUUCUGAAGAUAGUUAGUUAGUUAGUUAGUUAGUGGCGGUAGCAGCAGACUUGUGUGUGCUUGCUUGCUCACUAAAUACCUCAGUUUGUCAUCUUCCUGAGCCGCAGUGUUUCACACUUUUGUUGUGAUAACAAAUUUGAACUUGGUGCUGUGCCUUAUUGAACUGGAGAGCAAACUGAGCUCCAAAGUGAUUUAUACAAUCUAUUUAAAAAUUUGUAAAGCACACUUUUUUACAAAAUGACUUUAAAGUGACAUCCUUUGUGAAGUAACAUACAUUUAAAAAAUGAAUUAAUUGACAAGCUUAAUUUAUUUCAGAAAAGAACUUUUUCAGGGGCUAUGUAGUAUAGUUUUUAGUUUUUAUUAGGAAUUUUGCCAUUUUAGAGUAAUGUUUUAAGAAUAUUUCCAGAAUUUUGCAACUAAAAACACAUUUAUAAUUGGAUAUGUUCCUGAAGUUAAACAACAAGAGCAUGCAACAGUGUUUAAUUGUACCCUUUAGAUACCUCCAUACAUCCGUGUAGUGAGCAAAGCCAUGAGCUCCAUGAAUUACUCGGAUGUUCUCUUGCUGUUGGUAAUUCUUUUUGAUACACUAUAUAGAGUAAUUAAUUUACCUUCAGUAAUUCAUUGCUUUGGCAAUGGAGGCUUCAUUUAUACUGUGUAUUAAAUAAACAUUUAUGAAAGAGCCAUAAGUAUUGUAACUUUUUACAAAUCUGUAGCUAUUUAACUGUAAAACAUUGCACAAUUGUAUUUUUCAUGUAAACUGUUGAUGUUGCUGUACAAAAUGUAUUUAUGUAAAGUAUUUUCUUGAUUAGCCUGGUCCAGCUCUUUGUAAUUUCAUUAAUUUAUCACAGGUGUUCAUUAUUUGGGGAAAAUACAACUUUUAUAUAUAUAUAUUAUAUAUAUAUAUGUGUGUAUAUAUCUGUGUUUAUCAUUUGUUCUUUUAAUUGGCUAGAACAAGAUUCACACUGACUAGUAUUUAUAAAUUCACAUGCUAGUAGUAUGCACUUCCAUUGACAUAAAUUCAGAACUGUGGGUUUAAGUACCUCUUAAAAGUGUCCAUUCAUUUUUAUUGCACCCCUUUAGUUGUGGCUGCUCGUCAGGAUCACACAGCAAACCGUUUUGUUUUGGCCACUGCACCACAUUUCGUGUCAUUUAAGUUAUUACUGAAAGAAAAUGAGGUUUUAAAUUUAUAAAAGACUCCAGUUUCUGUAGGCUCCAUGUGUUCAGGCCCAGUUCCAGCCCAAUAAUGUCAUGUCAACUCCAUCAGGGCUCCAAUGUGCCCCACUGUCGGGGGUUGAGGUGACAAGGUUUGGGGGGUGGUCUCUGAUGAACUGGCAUUCUAUCCCACUACAGUUACUGUGACCCCUGAGCAAGAGCAGCCGGUAAGGACAACAGGAAAAUAGUUUUUCAUUUUGUUUCUGUUUAUUAACUUUGAUCAAAUUUUUAUCCUUUUGUGUCAAUUUUGAAUUUUAUGACUGUAAAGACAUUUUAUGCUAUAUAAAUAAAUAAAUAUAUAAAUAUUG